AUGGCUUUCAUGGCGGCGGCGGCGGCGAGGAUGGACGACCAGGACGAGUACGCCAAGCUCGUCAGGAGGAUGAACCCACCCAGGGUUGUGAUCGACAGCGAGGCCUCCGACGACGCCACGGUGAUCCGGGUCGACAGCGUCAACAGCCAUGGCACGCUGCUCGCCGUCGUCCAGGUCAUCGCCGACCUCAACCUCGUCAUCCGCAAGGCAUACUUCUCCUCCGACGGCAACUGGUUCAUGGACGUGUUCAAUGUCACCGACCGUGACGGCAACAAGGUUCUUGACGCCUCAACCAUAUCCUACAUCCAGAAGACGCUGGAGGCGGACGACUGGUACUACCCGGAGGCGCGCAACACGGUGGGCAUCGUGCCGUCGGAGAACUACACCUCUAUCGAGCUCACGGGCACCGACCGCCCGGGCCUGCUCUCGGAGGUGUGCGCGGUGCUCACUGCCAUGGGCUGCGCCGUCCAGAGCGCGGAGCUGUGGACGCACAACACGCUCGUGGCCGCCGUCGUGCAAGUCUCGGACGCCGACACCGGCGGCGCCAUCGAGGACGCGGCCCGCAUCGCCGACAUCAGCGCGCGCCUGGGCAACCUGCUGCGCGGGCAGAGCGACGUCCGCGCCGGCGGCGGCUCCGGCGCGGGCAGCCUGGCGCUCCACAAGGAGCGGCGCCUGCACCAGAUGAUGUUCGACGACCGCGGAGUCGGAGUCGGAGUGGGAGGGCACGCCGCGGGCGCGCCAGCAAACUCCGACGGCCCGCCGCGCACGGAGGUGUCCGUGACGCCGUGCGCCGAGCGCGGGUACACCGCCGUGGUGGUCCGGUGCCGGGACCGGCCCAAGCUGCUGUUCGACACGAUGUGCACCAUCACGGACAUGGAGUACGUGGUGCACCACGGCACCGUGAGCGCGGAGCCCGGCGGCGGCGCGUACCAGGAGUACUACAUCCGGCACGUGGACGGCCACGCCGUUCGGUGCGACGACGAGCGGCAGCGCCUGGUGCGGUGCCUGGAGGCCGCCAUCGAGCGGCGCACCGCGGAGGGGCUGGAGCUGGAGGUGCGCACGGGGGACCGCGCGGGCCUGCUCUCCGACAUCACCCGCAUCUUCCGGGAGAACGGGCUCACCAUCCGCCGCGCCGAGAUCUCGUCCUCGGGCGGCGAGGCCGUCGACACGUUCUACCUGUCCGACCCGCAGGGCCUCCCCGUGGAGGCCAAGACCAUCGAGGCCAUCCGCGCGCAGAUCGGCGAAGCCACGCUAAGGGUGAAGAACAACCCGUUCGCCUCCGGGGACGGCGCCGCGAGGAAAGACGCCGACGUCGCUGGCGCUGGCACCACGGCGUUCAUCUUCGGGAACCUCUUCAAGUUCUACCGGCCGUUCCAGAGCUUCAGCCUCAUCAAGCUCUACUCAUGA